GUGAUGAGGGCGAGGUCAUGUGGGUGAUCGAGGAGGGGGAGCUCGAAUGCUUCAAGAAAAUCGGUGACGAGGAGAAAUCUGUGAAGAAGUGCUCCCGCGGGGACGUCUUCGGGGAGCUUGCGCUCUUGUACAAUUGCCGGCGCGCUGCUUCUGUGGUCGCCUCGCAGAAGAGCGUCCUCUGGGAGUUGGAUCGCGAAACCUUCAAGGCCAUCUGCUAUGAGGCAGCGCAGAAGGCACCGCCGGAGUAUGAGGGCUUCUCUGCACCGGGCGGGGACGCUUCUUCGGCGGCUCCGGCCGUUGCAGAGGCUCCGAAGGAGCCGGAGCCACCAAAGGAGGAGCGAGGCGCUUCCAAGGAGGAUGGUGCAGACUCCGACAGCGAUCCGGGGGACACAGCCGAGUCGGUUCCCAUCCAGCAGGUCAAGAGGCCGGUGGGCCGUCGUACUGGCGUUAGUGCGGAGGCGACCAAGGGCGGUGAGGACAGCUGGACUCCACCGGUGUACGAGAAGACGGCAGAGGAGCGUGCGUCACUGUCGGAAAUCAUCAAAUCCUCUCGUGAUAGCAAGAUCCACAUGCUCUUUGGCACAGUGAACCAGAAGACAUUCGAAAUGAUCCUGGAUGCCAUGUUCAUCAAAAAGUUCGGCAAAGGCGAGGACGUGAUCUCGCAGGGAGAGGAGGGAGACUAUUUCUACAUCGUAAAGCGCGGGCAGUUUGACAUCUUCGUGAAGAAGGGGGAGGAUCCCCCGAAGAAGGUCGGUGUGUUUGCGGCGCUUCUUCUUACCUCGGCAGUGACUGCCGCAGCCGACCUCAGCAGCAACGUCCUCCGUACACGCACGCCCGAGCCGCAGGAGAGCUCGGAACCCCUGGUGGUACGGCUCCAGCGUGUGGAAGGCUUGCACCGCUCCCAUUUCUACGUCGGAAGGUUGGCACUGGGGCAGCCGAAGCCGCAGGAGCUUCAGGUCCUUUUCGACACCGCCUCGGGCCACUUGCUCGUUCCCCACUCCGCCUGCGAAAGCCAAGCCUGCAGGAAGCACAAGCGCUACUCGCCCUUCCGCUCCGCCACCGCCGUGGACGUCAACGCCAACGGCAAGCGCGUGAAGGAGAAGGAGCGCCUCGUUCGAGGGAAGACCAAGAGGGACGCGGUGAUGGUGGAGUUCACGCAGGCCGACCUUGGCGAAGGUGCAGCCCGUGCCGUCCUUGUGCACGACGACGUCUGCCUGGGGACAGAGUUCGGUCAUCAGGUCUGCACGAACCUCGACAUUAUGGCUGCCGUGAAGAUGGAUGACGAACUCUUCGAUGCUAUGCCUUACGAUGGAAUGCUUGGCUUGAGCCUUGCAGGCCUUUCCACGCAAAGCGGCUGCGUCUUCUUCCAGCGGCUGAUGGAAACGAACCCCUCGAUGUUGCCGCAGUUCGGGCUGUCCUUCGGGGCCCAGUCGGGCGAGAUCUACUUCGGGGGCCACAACUCGGCACGUCUGGCCGAGGAGCUGAAGUGGUUCUCCGUGCUGCACCCCGAGGACGGUUUCUGGGAGGUGGCGAUCCAAAGCGUCCGCCUGGGAAAUGUGACGGUGGACUCUUGCCAGGAGGGCUGCCGAGGCAUCAUCGAUACGGGCUCUUCGCGGCUCGGUGUUCAGCAGAACAACUUCGAGGCUCUCCGGGCUGCUUUGUCCCAUGCCGUGCCUUUGGUCGGCGGCGGCUGCCAGGGCUCCGACUUGGAGUUCGACCUCGGAGCGAUGACGCUGAAGCUCCGUGUGGAAGACUACGUCACCGGCUCGGACUGUGCGCCUCAGCUCGGCUCCUUGGAGUUGGAUGCCAAGGAGUUUCAUGGCGUCUAUGCCUUUGGUGAGACGGUCCUCCGCCGGUACUACGCCGCCUUCGACUGGCAGGAGAAGCGCAUCGGCUUUGCUCCGGUGGCUCAGCGCCGUGUGCAGCUCGGGAAAGCCGGCGCCGCGCCGGUCUUUACCGUCUAA